GAUCGGGGCUCGACUUCCAAUAACCGAUAAGAGGACGACUCAAGACUUCGUUGGGUCCUCUUAUCCAGCCUCAUUCGCCACAGCGCCUUGUUACCCCUCCCUCGUUGGUUUACUCUGCGCUGUUGGCCAUCGACCAUCAACAUCAACAAACACCCCACGACAGACUGCACGAUAUCACAAUGGCUAGUCGCACAAAGGAACAAGAACACGAGGGCGCCACAAACGAGGAACUCCUCAUCGAAGCCUGCCGGCGCAACAACACAGAUCUCCUAGCCGAAGUGCUCUCCUCGCCGGACCUGCAGGGCAACGACGACGCCAUCGCCGCGCUCCUCAACAAGACGACCACGGUGCUCGGCAACCACCUCUACCACGAGGCGGCGCUGCAGGGCAACUACGAGAUCAUCGACAUGCUGCUUGACCAGCCCGGCUUCGAGUGCGACCCCGUCAACCGCGUCGAGGGCGACACCCCGCUGCACAGCGCCGUGCGGUGGAUCAACAGCGAGCCGCCGGAGCAGCGCGAGUUUGGCAACGCGCUCGUCGAGAUGAUGCUCGAGGCUGGGUCGAACCCGAGGGUCAAGAACAAGGGCGGGCUGACGCCGCUGCAGCUCGUGGAUCCGAGGAAUGAGGGGCUCAAGGAGGUGAUUCGGAAGCACGAGUAUUCUUCAUUGAACGCGGGCGAUUUUGUGUCGGCGGAGGAGGUGCAAGGGGGGAAGGGGUUGGGGGACGGGACGAGGAGGCAAGAGGAAGAGGAGGAGGACGAGGAUGCCGAGUUUAGUGGGAGCGAUGAGGAGGAGAGGGCGGAAUGGGAGCGGCGGAGGAAGACGAGGAGGUGAGGAUCGUAGAGGUGUUGGAGAUGUAUACCGGCUGGAUAGCUGCGAGGACUACAUCAACUUGGCGUGGGGACACUGGUUCUUCCUUGGCAAUGCAUCCAGGCAAAUAGACUUCGUCCUUGUCAAAGCUGAGUUUUUCUGCUUCGUUUAUGAAGGCCCGGGUACGUAUUACCAAGCGCAGCGAACAAUGAGAAUUCCUGAAAAUUCUAGGAUCUG